CACCAAUGAAUUUUUGAGGGCAUACGCGUCCCUUCCUUAAUCGUGACCCUUCACAUGCGUCUCACGAUCCUGCGGUGACGGUUUGCUCGCCGCCUUCGGGCAGCAAUUCGUUCUUAAAUACCUGGUAGGAAGGAACAAAUACGGUUGCAAAUAUGGCUACAGAUCUAGAUCUUGAAUAUCCGCCGCUGACCAUGCAACCCAUGCUCCCGACACCGAGUUUAACCUUUACCGUGCCGAGUCUUCACGACGGGCUCCCAAUUAAUUGUCGCAUAUACCAUCCGCGCUCGCUGGCCGCUCUGACCGAUGCCCCAACCUGGCGGAAGCAUGCUGCCAUCAUAGCACAUCCGUACGCGCCCCUCGGCGGCUGCUACGACGAUCCUAUUGUCGAUAUCGUGGCCGGGACUCUACUACACUUGGGCUUCCUCGUUGGCACCUUCAAUUUCAGAGGCGCUCAUGGCUCUGCUGGGAGGACGUCGUGGACGGCCAAGGCGGAGCAGGCUGACUACAUGUCGGUCGUCGGGUUUGUGUCCCACUACGUGCACUUCCUAGACCCCUUCAGAGGGGAUGCGCAGGGCAGAUUUGGGGGUAUGGGCCAACAUGAUCGAGGAUCAAGUGCGGACGGAGAGGUGACAUCACCGAUCCACAUCCGACCGCCAACGCCAACACCGCCAGAGCCGCCCUCCCAACCAACAGGACCGAUUCUUUUGCUCGGGGGCUAUUCGUAUGGCGCCAUGGUCACAUCCCAGCUCCCGCCCCUCGAAACGGUACUCGGCUUGUUCACCGCCCCAGAGUGCGGCACAUCCGCCGCCGAGAUCCGACUCCGCGCACAGCAUUUGGCAGAGAUGCAAAAUACUGUGCUGGCUAGUGCGAGGGAAGCCGCCGCCGACCAUCUCAGGCCGAGGUCUCCGCGGAAGCAUGUUGGUUUGCGGGUCGGUGGGGAUGAGGAAAGUCGCAGGAGCCAGGAGCCGCGUCGUUCUCGGUCGACAGAGUUUGAGGAUGCCAUACGGCAUGGCGUCGCUGAACUCAUGGCCAGGACCAAAAAGGGGCAUAGGCGGUCGCAUAGCGGGCGCAGCCACACACCACAAGAUUCAGAUGGAGACUCCGAACGUGUUCGAGCCCCCGAUCAUCUACCCCCGCUAGCUGGCCGAACCACACUUAGGCCAGCGUACCUGCUCGUUUCGCCGUUGCAGGGUAUCGUUACGAAUCUGGCAACGAUGUCUCUUCCACCGUUACCGAGCAUGUCUGGGGCGUGGGCACGAUUCUCGGCGAGGGGCAAGCACGGGGCCGCCCACUCUGACCCUUUAGAGUCCGAUGUCCACGAUGGUGCAAUUCCGGCCGAGGUAGAAGAUAAGCUGGUGCAUAACGCCACUCUGGCCGUCUACGGCGACCGCGAUGGCUUCGUGCCUGUCCGGAAAUUGCGGGACUGGGCAUCUCGGCUAGAGGCUAUCCCGGACUCCAAAUUCCGAGCCCACGAGGUCUCGAGUGCGAACCAUUUCUGGGCACAGGGCAAUGUGGCCUCAACUUUGCGGGACGCUGUAGGCACAUUUGGGACAUCGCUUUUAGACGGCAAACUUAGUUAAAUACAGUACUGGAAGCAGGUAACCUUCCUAGCUAGCGUUCCCUGCUGCACCACGCGCUCCGUCCAAAAUACCCCACCGAACCUUGAUGAUUUGGAACCACGAAGGCGUCUCUAAACCAGG